GCAAUAGAGGCAGUUGCUACGACUGUAGAAGAUAUCAGGUUUCACUCCGAGCAGUGGCUCUCUCCUCCCUCCCUCCCCGUUUUGAAUAGCUAACCAGUAGCCGCAGCCAGCCAACCUACCCAGAGUCGGGCGUGAGUUUGCCCGCCGUGUCUUCUCCUCUCAGCCGGUCAGUAGCGGGAGCGCCAGCUGAAGGGAGAUAACCCUUCCUGAACUGAAGGUCAGUGGGGCAGAGACGGGUUCCAGCAGCCUGGGACUCUGCCAGCAACUGCUGCAGCCUGCAGGACCUUGUGUUCUGGACUGCUUGUUGGACAAUCCACUGCCGGGCACUCUCGAAAGUGCUUUCUCAGGGGAGCAGGUAGAUAUGGAUCGUUAAUCGUGGCAAGUGGCGAGAGAGCUGUGACUGGUUCAUCAGCUGUCACACUCUGUUGCACUGGACUCUUGCCUGUGUGCUCCGACCUGCAGUAUCUUAUUACCUGUUGCCCGGCUCUUUCAAGAGGGAAUCCUACAAUACAAGGAGCUGAUUGUCAUUGUGAAGAUAGACACAAAAUGCUGGAGUAACUCAGCGGGACAGGCAGCAUCUCUGAGCGUGAACUCCUGCUGCUCCUUGCGAAGAUGUUGCCCAUUCCGACCCGACCCAUGAAUUAGUGGCUCAGCAAAGAACCCACUUGCCUCACUCUCCAGGGUCCAGUCCUGCGUGGAGUUUGCAUAUCUCCCUGUGACUGCCAGGACUCCCCCUCAGGUACUCCCGCUGGUUUUCUCUUCCCCCUCUGCCCCCCCCCCCCCCCCUUCUACCUUCACCCCCAAACUUGGACGAAGACAUUACUUUGCCGCCCUGGCAGGAUUUUUAAAAGGUGAGCCCUGUCUCAAUCAGAGCACGAAUGUACAUCACCAAUCUUCAAUCUUCGGCCCUCGAAGCCACAAAGAAGGAUUGCGUGUCAGGGACCUUGAAGAAGCCCAAGGCCAGCUCCAUCCCUCACUCUCUCAGUUGGCUUAACUUCACGACCAUCAGCAAACAGACUCGGCAGCUAUUCCACAGUGAUAGCAAGCUGGCAUCUGCCUGUGCCCACUGUAACGCUGACACGGAUAAUUGGAGAUACACCCCGCAGCAUUGCCAAGCUGUCUCUAACCUGGAUGAAGAGAACCGGUGGACAGUCCACUAUAAGGCGUCAUGGCACCAACAGGAGAAUGUGUUCUUGCCCUCCAGCCGCUCGUCGUGUGUGGAGGACCUGCAUCGGCAAGCCAAGGUUAACCUGAAAACAGUGCUGCGAGACUGCGAUAAGCUAAGGAAGGAUGGUUUGCGCAGUUCCCAGUAUUAUUCCCAGGCCCCAUUGUUCUCCUCAACACCCGCUCAUCUCUCCGGAAAUUGCCUGGAUGAGGAGGAAGAUCAGGACCAAACGCCCACGGUUUCAUCGGCAGAUGAGGAAAACCUAUUGCAUUCUCGGAGAUCCAAAACCCCGGUGCCUGCUGACCUCUCCGAGAUUGAUGUCCAGACGAACUGGACCAAGGCCCUCCCACUGCCCACUCCGGAGGAGAGGAUGCGCCAACAAGCCCAGGCAAUCCAGACAGACGUUAUCCCAAUAAACGUAACAGGGGUGAACUUCGAUCGCCAAGCUGGCAACAGGAGGUCUCUCGUGCACUCAGACACCCCGCUGAGGCGCCCGACGAAGAUCAAACGGAGAAAGACCAUUACUGGGCUGCCUGAAGCUGUCCAGAAGGAAUUAGGCACAGUACAGACCCCAGCCAGAGGUACAUCCAGUAUCCUGCCGACUCACUUUUCCACCAUGAGUCGCCUGGAGAGCAGCAGGUCCAACAGGGCACGUUCGACGACCAGGGACUCGUCCUGCCAGACGGAAGAGAUCAAGGUAGUGCCGCCGUCGGUCCGCAGGAUCCGGGCACAGAAGGGACAAGGGAUCGCGGCCCAGCUCUCCGGCUCUUCAGGCAACAUGUUGAGCACCCCCCAAGCCCACGAUGAGCUGCGCUUCCACAGCCUGCCGCGGCCGUGUGCCAGGGUCAUACUACAGGAUGGAGUGGCCUGCACGUCCGGCCGAUGGCAGGACUCCUGCGGCUCACUGCCUAGGCCAAGGGGCAGCUCGGAGGCCCAGGCCCAGACCAGCCUGCUGCCCCGGCCCAAGUCCCAGGAGCUGGGUGGGUCCCAGCCGGCAGAGGAGGGUGCCCUGGGGGCCUCGCCCCGGGCCGGGACGGGUUCAUCAGCCGAGGCGGUGCCCGCGGGCAAGUCCCGCUGCUGGGCCCCCGGCACGUCGGUCGAGAUUCCGGCCAAAGCUCGGGAAGAGCACUGCUCCUCCAGCGGCAACUGGAGCGGCAGCAGCGGCGGCGGUGGCUCAGCCCGGCAAUCACCAACCUUGGACAGAGCACCGCCCCCAUCUCCCUCGGACUCUGCCGUCUGCCUGGCGGUGCGUCCGCGGUGGGUUGCCGACAGCCAGACCCAGGCACACCACUCGCUCUCCGAUGCGGCAGAGGCCAGGUGGAACAGCCUCUACCUGAAGGAGCCAUCCUCGCCCGCGGGUCUGGCAGAGGGUGAGGGAUGGCGGCACUUGGGAGAGCGCUCCCUCAGCCGCAGCAUCUCGCUGAGAAAGACCAAGAAGCCACCGCCGCCGCCAGCCCGCAACGACUCCCUGCGCCGCAGGGCUAAGGGCAGCGGCCCCCUGCUCAGCCCCUCGCUCAUCGCCAGCCUGCAGCGCUCGCUGGAGGGAGGCCUGAGCCGCCAGGACGGGCCCCAGGCCCCCACCAGGCCCUCCGUCUCCGUCUCCGUCGAGGGACCUGAGCCGUGGCUCAUGCGUUCCCGCAGUCAGAGCAGCAGCAACAGCAGUGGGCGGUCGACGGGCGGCAGCAAUGCCUACUCCACCGGUGCAGUCAGCACGCCGUCGCAGAGCGAGACCAGCAGCCUGCGCUCCGACUCCGGCGAUCCCUGGGCCUACUACAGCCAGGAGGCCGAGGGAUGGAGGCCGGGCACUUGGGACGGUGCCGGGCAGCCCAAGCCCAAGAGCUUGUCCCCGGACAAGUCUCUGGGCAUCACCUCGCCGUCUAGCGGCUACUCCAGCCAGUGCAACACGCCGACCAGCGCUGGCCCCGGCCUCGGCCUACCGCCACCCUGCCGAACUUCGCCCAGGCCCAAGGUCAAGCCCAAAGUCCCUGAGCGCAGGUCCUCAAUGCGAUCCUCCGUCUCCGCCUCCUCAUCCUCUGCCUCGCUCUCCUCCAGCGCUUCCGAGUCACGUCCCCAGGCGGCAGCUGUUCCCUCGCCUCUCUCCCCACCUUCUGCCACUGUCUCUGAUCUGACCACGUCGGUCCAUAACGCUCCUCCCCCUCUCUCCGCCUUGCCCUUUCCCGCUGCCCUGGUACACCUUCCCCUGCCUCCCCCUGUCCCCCUGCUAGAGUUGCUGCAUACGUCACCCCCUCCUGCACCCCCUGUGCAAGGAUUGCCCCUUCCCGCCGUGCCUCUGCCCACAUCGCCCCCUCCCACUCGCCUUCUGCCAAAGUCACCUUCUUUCAAGCUCCGUCUGCCCAUGUCACCCCCUCCUGCGCCCCCUGUGCAAGGAUUGCCCCGUCCCGCCGUGCCUCUGCCCACUUUGCCCCCUCCCACUUACCCUCUGCCAAAGUCACCCUCUGCCAAUCUCCCUUCGAGUAUGGCACCUCCUCCUGCUCCCCCUCUUUUUCGACUCCCUCUGCCCCCCAUGCUCCUUCCUGCCCCCCCUGUGCCCCCCUCGCCUCCUCCUUUGCCAAGCUCGCCCCUUCCGUCAGCGCCCUUGCCCCCUCCGCCCCCCCUGGACCUGGCGGCACUCUCCGGUGGGAAGAAGCUUCCGCGCUCGUCGGCCCUCUCCUGCCGGGAAGAGCCCAAUGCCCGUGGGCAGCGGGGGGAUGCCCACAGGGCGGCGGCAGUGGGCCCACCGCUCAUCACGGCCGACGCCCUGCGGACGGUGCAGCUGCGGAGCGUGAGGCCAGGCGGGCAGACACAGCCCACCAGGCCGGGGAUCGCGCGGCACAAGCCGCCAUUGCUGCAGCGGCCCUUGUCCCUGCAGAGCCCUGGCAAGCGUGCCCACAAUGCCAGCACGCCAGCUGUGAAAACACCGCCUGCUCGGGCGGCUGACCUGGCGGACUCAGAGAGCAGGGCCGGCAGUGUCAGCGAGCCUGAAACCCUAGCAAUCUCCAGCAUAGCUCCAGCCACACUCACGAGCGAGCUCCUAUCCACACUGGAGCCACUGCCUUACAGCUCUGGAGCCACUGACCAGGGUAACGGUGCCAACACAGGGGUCAACCUGGAGCCCGAUCCAGAGGGGGCACUGACGCCCAAGAAGUCCAAACUGCCCGGCAGAAUGCCACCUCCCAUUGCCAGGAAACCCAAACUGAGCCUUCUGAUACCACCCUCACCCUGGGAGAUCACCGCUCACGACAAGAGGCCGCCAGACAUCUCCAGGUCAGCCGCAGAGAGCACAUCUUCAGCGGCAGAGUAUAACGGGAUUGGUGGGGGCCUGCCGUCACCGCCAGAGACUGACUCCGGCAACUCCCGCCCUGCCGAGAGGCCAGAGGGCACGCCACAACCACAGGCCUGGGCAGCUGAUCAGACUGACGGGGACAGAGCAGUGGAAAAAAGCCAGAAAAACUCCAGAACGAAAGAAGAACAGGGAACAGCCUCCUCGCCGACUUGGGAUCAUGUGGACGAGAGCAGCACCACGCCCUGCCAAGAAAACGAAAUAGAUGACGUGUUUGAAGAGAGUUCUGCCAGCUUGAACAGCAGCAGCGGGGACUGCGGUGAACAAUCAAGUACUCCAAGCCGAUCCAGGACUACAGAGGACCUGUUCGCCGCAAUUCACAGGUCCAAGAGGAGGGUACUGGGCCGGAAAGAUUCGGACGACGAGUUCAGCCGGACGCAGUCACCGUCGUCUCCGGUGACCCCGACCGGCUCGCUGGCCAGCCCGUGCACCCUGCGGCAGGCGGGCUCCAUCCAGCGGAACCUGCGCAAGUCCAGCACCAGCAGUGAUAGCUUCAAGGCGCUGCUGCUGAAGAAGGGCAGCCGGCCGGAGCAGAACUGCCGCAUGUCGGCCACCGAGAUGCUCAAGAGCUCGGACCCCAGGCAGCGUCCGACCGAAGCCGAGCAGGCCGUCGGGCGCCCGGCGGGCCAGCGGGGCCGCAACCCGCGGGAGGAGUGGGCUUCUCACGAAGGUCCGAUGCCCAGAGGCGCGGGGCUGGGCGUCCGCUACGGGCGCUCCCGGACCCCGCCGUCGGCCGCCAGCAGCCGCUACAGCGCCCGGCUGCACCAGCACCGCCUCCACAGCAGCCCCAUGUCCGUCAUCCGUGAGGCCGAGGCCUGGGAGGCCGCCGAUGAUAGCCGGCGGCGCAGCGACGGAGACAUCAGCGUCCAGAGGGCCGUGCCGACCAGUGAAGCCAAUAAGCAGGAGAACCGGGACCCUCUUAUGUCACCGUCUAGGUCGGCGGCACCGUGCGCCGCCAUUAUGACGCCAAAUGUUGCCAGCCAGGACUGGGAGCCUAUUACAUCACCGUCAGGGGCAGCGGCGCAGGGCUCCGCCAUUUUGACACCAGGCGUCAGCAGUCAGAACUGGGAUCCACUUACGUCACCAUCACAGGGUGCCGCCAUUUUGACAGCGGGAGAUGCCAAGCAGGACUGGGACUCAUGAAGGACACAACAAAAAACACAAGGAGACUGAUUCCACCCACUAGCUUUUCUGUUUUUGUUUAUUUUCAAAUUCCUCAGAGACCAAGCAUUGGCACAAGCCAGCCAAGGAGAAGCCCACUGAAUAGAUAUUUUAGUCUUUCUCUGCCUGGGCUACAACAGGGAGGACUGGCAAUUGUAUACUACCAGUAGUGUAGCAAGGCGUCCCUAUGAUGUGGUGCUGAAAGGAUAUCGUCUAAGUUUGUAGAGAAAAUUGAAAAGACGCUGGGAAUAUGGGAUAAAAGCAGGAAUGGCAAUAGCUUUGCUGUGGAAAGAGAAAGGCAGUUCAGGUCAAGGCAUCUGUGUGGCACCCGUCCUGACAUCAUGAAUCCAUGGGCAAAGAGGCACUUUUUUUCAGCUGAAGAGAAGAGUUCCAGAAUGGAAGGAUGCAGUAGAAAGCCAAUGUGACACUUGUGUCUUUUACCUACCUGGUGUGCAGAUAAACAGGGAAAGAUCUGGAAAGGAGAAAUUACAAGAUAAAAGGAAAGGGAGUCAGAUAUUUGAAGAUGAAUAGUGAAAUAGGAGAAGCGAAAUAGUAGAGAGAGAGAGAGAGAGAGAGAGAGCAGUGAGAUGAUGGGCUCGAGUACUCAGCUCAGACGACUGGGUUUUUUUGACGUGUUUCAGAGUUUUUUUGCGUGGCAGGUGGUUAAUUCCGCUUGUGGGAUUUCCUGAAUGGAGCUGUGGAGGAAAGAAUUACACUGUUAGCAAAUGGUUGGAUUGUGGGAGAUCUGAGAAACUGGGCAGUGCAGAGGCAGAUCAAAACAACAUGACUAAUCCAGUCUGUGACCGUUUGUAGUAGAAGAGAGGAAAUAGUAUGUCCUGGAAAUGAAGGCUUAGUGUUGUGGUAAUUUUGUUGAAGGUUUAUUAAUUUUAGAUACUUGUAGCAGUUAGAUGCAAAACAUCUGUGCAGAGCCGUAUUUUGCACAUUUCAUGGCUGCCGUACUUGGCUGUUAGACCUAUCUGUGGCGUUAUUUCAGACAGAUGUGGUUGGCUUCGGUAUUCCUAAGGUGCUGGAGUGUGGGGUGAAAACCUAGUGUGUGGUCAGCUGGAGUUGCAUCUUCUAAUUCCUUCUGAAAGGGCCAGCUCAUAGUCAAGAUGGCCUGGCCCAUGUCUGUCGAGGAGGGAGGAGUGCCAUGCUGUGCUUACCUGCCGACACACUGUGCCUUCAGUAGAAGACCUCAGCAGAGGAAGGAGGUGAUAAACCAGCAUCUGCAGUUCUUUCUUACACAAAAGGAGGUGAAGGAUGCACAAUAGGUGUCUACCAGGAUCCCAAUGUUUCUCCAUCCACCCAAAACACAGUUGACCUACAUUUCCCAGCACUCAGUGAAAAGUAGGAGCAAUAGUUAUAUUAAUGACGGCACUAGAUAGACCGGCCCCAAUUGCAUCGGAUGAGCCUGCUGUUCUGACCUCUGACCUGGGCUCCCUUGGCACAAAACAGGGAUGUACGGUAACCCUUCACCAGCCGACACGCGCAGUGGGCCAGAUCUUUACACACUGCGAGCUUUGGUUUCAAUGCUGGAAACCUGCCACGUACACACCAGUUGGAGGACACUCCAGCUACAGAGUUGUGGAGGGAUAGUUGCCCAUGUACUGCAAGCAGAAUUGGUGCACAAUUCAUGUUGUCCCACAAGAUCUCGAUGGAUCAGUGAUGACUGGAGGCUGGCUGUGCAGGCACUGUUCCACCCUGGCUCACUGUUGUGUGGUCUCUGCACCUACAACCCCCACUUCGUUCUCCAAUAUUCCCGCUUGAUUUGAAUCUCAUCACCAAUUGAAAAGCAUCAUACUGUAGGUGCUGGAAAUGUAAAUAAAAUAUGGGAGAAUACUGGAAACACUCAGCAGGCCAUGUAGCAUCUGCAGAGGGGGAAGCUGGGGGGUGGGGCUAAGAUAACCUUUCAAUCCUUGAGGCAACCAAUUGCUACUUAAAUACAAGGUACUGUCCACCUGUUUGUUUGUCCCUCCACUACCCUAUUCAAAGGGUUCCUCAGUCUCCUUAUCUGUGCCUUUCUCAGAAUCCAUGACACGCACGCACUGUGUUAAGUGCCUUCUCCACACAGCAGUGGGAACCUGUCCCUUUGCUCUCCCCAUCCCUUGCCUUUCCACCGGUCCCUAACACUGCAGGCUGCGUCUGAACAGGAUGCCGUGGCUCACUGCUGACAGCUAGUGGCAGGUCAUGGACACUGCAGCAGCCAAACGCAAUGUCAUCUCACUCUCAAUUCGUCCAGGAAAUUAGGCUAAUUUGCACUGCAUGGCAUGGUUCUCAGCACAGAUUGCGAGGCAAUUUGACUGUGCCAUCAAAUACUCUGGUUGCUUUGGCAUCAAAUUCUGGCCUAGUCCUGAAUCCUUAACUACCUACAGUGAAUAUCAAACAGACACAGAAGGGAAAAGUAAUGCAGUAUCAUAUUUUUUUAAUCUAAAUUGGCUGGCAUAACAUUGGAACUUUGCCGAGGUUAGCCUGAACAUUGGCUUCAGCAUGUUCCUAAAAAUACCAAUGUUGGGAGUGUGAGAGAGAGGAGGUUAGUGUGGAAUUGAGCAGUGAUGAAUCCCUUGGUUAAACUGCCUCACUAACACUCAGUGGCUAAGUUAAAUGUAUACUCUCCUGGAUAGGAUGGCAAGGAGUGGCUAUUAUUAGCAAAGAGGAAUAAAUCAGAGAGGGAGGCUGGUUAAUUGCUGUUUGGAACAGUUGUGCAGAUAUAAAUAUGAUUUGAACAUUCUGAAUCCUGUAAUACUUGCCGACACCCAGUUACCAAAGAUAACAAGCAUUUCCUAGAGAAACAAAACACCUGCAGUAUUUUUCAAGUAAACUUCAAAGAGUUUAUGCAUGAAACUGCACAUGGAGAGCCUUAGAUAUUAAACUAAAGGAAAACUCAGAUAUGAGAUAAACACCAAAGGCAGGAACUUAAUCAGACAUCAAAUAGAAAGAGAUGUUUCCUGCUGCACACCCUUUAUAAAUUGUUUUUACGUGUACAAAGAUUGUAAAAUUGUCUCUUUUCGGGGGGGGGGGGAUUCCUUUGUAAACUUUUUGGGGGGAAUGUGUACAUUUUAGCUAUUUGGGGUUUUUUAAAGUUGAGAGUUUUUAGAUUAUUUAUUUUAGUACAGAGGGAGAUUGAAGUCUGCUUUUCCAUCUUGCCUCUAAUGUGUCUUGUGUUUGCUGUUAUUGGGGAAGGAAGGAGAGGUGGUUAGAAGGGUUUACUUAAUUCCCGUGGGAAAUGCUCAAAACACUGCGGCCUUUUGACGUGCCCUGUUAAUUUUGUAAUCAGGAUGCUGUGUUCUCAAAUAAAGCAACAUUUUCCUCUGAA